AUGACUGCAGGAAGAAAACGGGAAGCCUAUACCUCCAGCGGACUACGGGAGCGGCCGCAGGCUCCCGUCACUCCCGGGCCACCACCUCCGCCGGCACUACCGCCGCAACCGCCGCCUCCACCCCCACCUACGACACGGACGUCCGUAGCCUCCCCCACCGCCUACACCGACGUCCGCCGCCGUCUCCACCAUCUUCACACACGUCCGCCUCCGGCGCCGCCUCCACUUCCGCCGCCCGCUGCCACCGACGACUCUCCCGGCACCCACCGCCUCUCGCCAGCCUUCAGAAGAAUUGACCCGGGCCGCGACCGCCCCACACACCUCCUUCGCUCCUUUCUGUAUGACGGACAGAAGAUGGUUAGCAUCAGGCGCGUCUGUACGGAGGUGUCCGUGGACUACUGCGUCGGCUAUAGGCCGCUUAGUGUGACGUCACCAACACUGCUGGACGGCCUUGUUAUCCCGGGGGUGUCGCAUCAGCAUGCAAGCUGCAAAUUGCGCGUGCUAAUCCUCUGA